AUGGCGGCUGCUGCCGCCACCCCCUGCACGGCCGCCUGCAGCAGCAGCAGCAGCAGCGGUGGCGGCACCGACGCCGCGGGCACCAGCGGAUUGCAGCAGCCACCGCAGCAGCCCCAGCCCGCAGCCGCCGCGCCGGCCCAGCCGCCGCCGCCGGAGCCCCCCAGGAAGCCGCGCAUGGACCCGCGGCGCCGCCAGGCUGCUCUCUCUUUCCUCACCAACAUCUCGCUGGACGGUCGGCCCCAGCUUCAGGACGAGGAGUGGGGCAGCGGCGAGGAGAGCGGCGCGGCCAAGCCCGGAGCGGGCAGCGCCUGCGGCGCGAGGACUCGGCUCAGCCUGCUCGCGGCUGCCGAGCGGGGCGGCUGCAACGCGCUCGCCGCGGCGGGCACGGCGGCGUUGGCAGCUGGAUCGGGUCCCUACCUCCCUCAGCCCUCACCGCUGCAGCCCUUGGCACCGGGCGGCCACGCGGCAGUGCCUGGCCUCGGGGCGGCCCGGGGACUUGCGAGCCCCCUGGGCGCGGGCCGGGCGUCGGGGGAACAGUUGCAGCCGCUCCGGCCAGCGCCUCUCGCCGCCUGCGCUCAGCUGCAGCUGCCCGACGGGCAAGAGGAGUUGGAGGAGGACGAUGCCUUUACCAGCGUGCAGGUGCCGGCAGCCACCUUCCUGGGCUCCGGGACCCCCGGGAGUGGGAUUGGCAGUCGGGGCCGCCUCAACUCGUUCACUCAGGGAAUCCUGCCUAUCGCCUUCCCCAGGCCGACCUCUCAGAACUGUCCCCUGGAGCCGGCCUUGGAGCAGCUGCAGAGGUCCCGACGCCGCCUCAUCUCCCAGAGAUCGUCCUUGGAGACCCUGGAAGACAUUGAAGAGAAUGCCCCUCUACGGAGAUGUCGAACUCUCUCAGGUUCGCCCAGACCAAAGAACUUUAAGAAGAUUCAUUUUAUCAAGAACAUGCGGCAACACGAUACGAGGAACGGCAGAAUAGUCCUUAUCAGUGGCAGAAGAUCCUUCUGUAGUAUAUUUUCAGUGCUGCCGUACCGCGACAGUGCCCACGUCGGGGAUUUGAAGUUGGAUGGAGGGAGACAAUCAGCAGGUGCCGUGAGCUUGAAAGAGGUCAUCGGCCUUGAAGGCGUGGAGCUGGGAGCUGACGGGAAGACUGUUUCAUAUACCCAAUUUCUGUUACCCACAAAUGCCUUUGGAGCCCGGAGAAAUACCAUCGACUCCACCUCCUCCUUCUCCCAGUUCCGUAACCUGAGCCACCGCAGCCUCUCCAUAGGGCGGGCGAGCAGCACCCAGGGGAGCCUUGACACAGGCAGCGACCUGGGAGAAUUUAUGGACUACGACCCAAAUCUCCUGGAUGACCCCCAGUGGCCUUGUGGCAAGCACAAACGAGUUCUGAUUUUUCCUUCAUACAUGACCACAGUGAUCGACUACGUGAAGCCCUCAGACCUCAAGAAGGACAUGAAUGAGACCUUCAAGGAGAAGUUUCCUCACAUUAAGUUAACGCUCAGCAAAAUAAGGAGUCUGAAGCGAGAAAUGCGGAAGCUUGCUCAGGAGGACUGUGGCUUCGAGGAGCCCACGGUGGCCAUGGCCUUUGUCUACUUUGAGAAGCUCGCCCUCAAGGGAAAGCUAAACAAACAGAACCGGAAGCUUUGUGCUGGAGCAUGUGUGCUGUUAGCAGCCAAAAUCGGAAGUGACCUCAAAAAGCAUGAAGUCAAACAUCUGAUUGAUAAACUGGAAGAGAAGUUCCGGCUGAAUAGACGAGAACUGAUUGCCUUUGAAUUCCCCGUGUUAGUGGCCUUGGAAUUUGCCCUUCAUUUGCCAGAGCACGAAGUCAUGCCCCAUUACAGACGCCUGGUCCAGAGCUCCUAGCACAGGCCCUCGAGGGCCAGGGAUGCUUCCUCUGAGCUCGUGGAGCUGCACUACUACUGGAAAUGCAAAAAUAGAACUCAACAUACCAGGCUUGUUCCUCUCGACGUGUCUUUGUGUAGAAGCAGUACCGGGAAGUUUUCAGGGAGGCUUUGGUCUGGCCAGCCGAGGUGAGCUGUGAGCUGUUCCCGACUCGGCGAGGGAAGGGGGACCUGACACAGAGGCCCUUCCGACUCCACUGGCGAGUGUUCUUAGCCUGCUCCACCCCAGGCUUCCUCCCGGGCACACACAAACCUUGCAAGCGUGGUCCAGAACCUUCUCCCCAGACCCACUCCAACUCAGAGUGUGAAGUUCCAGAGCGGGGAGGGGAAGACAAUCUGCAGAAGUUGGGGGAAAGCUUUGAAAAGAUACCCUCACUGUGUCAAAAGAGUGUGCCAAUCUAUUUUUGUAUCAGCUGUUGAAGUGUACUUUCCCCGGGGCGUGUGCCUGAGUGAGUGUGUCCCUGUGUCCCAAAGCCAGCCCCACCCUCUCAGAGCAGACCUCAGCCUGGGGUCAUGAGCCAGGCUGACCUUCGGCAACUAUUGCUAGAUAACGUUGGAUAAGGAUCCCUCUCUCCGUACCAGAUUGUCUGACAUCCUCUGCCCUUAGAAAAUGACGUUGUUUCUGUUACUUCUACCACCCACGGGACAAAACAAGUUCUCAGUGUUGGACGGGGCGCUCCCCGUGUCUCCAUCACACCCUGUGCAUGGACGGAGCCUUCGCACUUUCCCACGUGGAGACGGCUGGGGUUGCGCUCCGUGGUGUGUGCGUGCUCCUGUGCUCUAUGUUAGAGUACACAAUAAGCACAUUUGUUGUGCUACAUAUAUGUAAGUGUUUUAUAAAAAUCCAGAAGAAGGGUAAGACACAUGAUUAGUAUUUUGAGACUUUUGACAGCUGGGACCAACUGUAUCUUGAGUUGAGGUUGUGUCCACUGAAGAGGCAGUGACUCUUAUUACCACGUACACAGGGCUGUUACUGCAGAAUUUUAAUCAUGACUUGUAGACUUGCUGGGACCACCUGUAUGUCACCACGCCAUCACCUUCUAGCCGCACGAGAGAAGUGCCCACUGGGGUUCGCCUGACUGGAGAAAGCCUGUGGCUGUGU